ACGUAAUUAUUAGACACGUAUAAAAUCAUGCCUGAUCAUAUUGAGUGACGUGGAUGCUAGGUUAGGAUUUUCUGACCAGUGAAAAUAGCUCGUGUAGAUAUAAACUAAAAAUAUAUGUAUUAUAUUUAAAUAAAUAAUAUAUAAUAGUUAAUAAAUAGAUAAAAAUAUGUUCGAAAUAACGGAUACACAGAAAAUCGGAGUAGGUCUAGCUGGUUUUGGAAUGUUUUUUCUUUUCCUAGGAGUACUAUUGUUGUUUGAUAAGGGUUUAUUAGCCAUAGGAAAUCUUCUAUUUAUUUCGGGAUUAGGGUGUGUAAUUGGGCCAAGACGGACGCUAAGUUUUUUUUUCCAGAGGCAUAAACUCAAAGCUAGCUUAGCUUUUCUAGGAGGUAUUAUUGUUGUUCUCAUGGGAUGGCCUCUUAUUGGAAUGAUUUUAGAAACAUAUGGAUUUGUUUUGUUGUUCAGUGGAUUUUUACCAGUGGCAAUAAACUUCCUGCGCCGAGUGCCUAUCUUGGGAACAUUUUUAAACAUGCCAGGAAUCAGUCGAGUAAUGGACAUGCUUGCUGGCGACUCCAAUAGAACAACUGAUUUUUAAUCAUGUAGGAUGCCUUCAAAUUUAUAUUUUAAAUCAUAAAGCAUGAAACAUUCCAAUUAUUUUUUUAUUUCUAUUUUUAUCAAUAAACACUAUCAUCAUUUAUUGAUUAAGAGAGCUUAUUUUAUUUCAUUA